AUGAAUCAAUUUAAACGAAAACGAAAACUCAGUUCUGAUGAAUUAUCAGAAGAAAAAACAAAGCAAUUUCGCAAUGAAUUCGAACAAUUUAUAACUUGUUUUGAAGAUCUAUCAAAUGAAUUAUUAUGUGAAAUAUUUGAUUAUCUUGGUGGAUAUGGAUUAAAUGAAGCGUUUUCAAAUCUGAAUUCUCGAUUUGAACAACUUCUUCAUUCUUCAUCUGUAUUGUUUAAAACUCAUUGUAAUUUGAUUAAACAUGAUGAAAUUAUUAAUAUAUUUAAACAAUUUAUAAAAAGAUGGUAUGAUGAUAUAGAAGAUAAUAUUCUUAAUCGUUAUGUUAAACAUUCUACAUUUACUAAUUUGACGUUCGAAUGUGUUCCUAAUUCUAUGUUCGAAGAAGUGAUGCCCAAAGAAAUUGAACGUGUAUUAACAAUAACAAAAAUUUAUCACUUGGAAAUUCUCGAAAAUAAAAUCUCAAUCCCUGCAUUGAUUCAAGUUGUUAAUCUAUUACCAGACAUAACUACGUUAAAAAUUCAUUCAUUAUCAACAGACGAAACAACAGAAUUAACGCUUGAAGAACUUCUUAUUUUAUGUUCAAUAAAAGAAACAAUUAAAAUUACCAAAGUCUAUCUUGAAGAGAUUGAUGAUGUUAAAGAACUUGAUUUUCUUUUCACACUUUGUUCUUAUAUGGAAUAUUUUAACGUUAGAUGUAUAAAUACGAUGGAUGUUCAAUCUUUCUUACGUAAUAUUUUCAAGAAAAUUAAGCAAAAUAAUAAUAAUCAUCUUCGUUUAUUAUGUUUCCCUGUUCGAACCGCAGAUGAACAAAUAGUUGAAAAUAUUGAACGAAUGAUCAAUUGUGAAAAACUACUUUCUAAUUUUACAGUCAAACGCACACCGGAUACUGUCUAUUUACGAUGGGAAUAA